AUGCGAACAAGGCCCCUCGGAGUGAGAAGAACGAUGGAUCUGGAGGCGAAGGGAGCCCUCUAUAUAUACCAAGAAAUGGGGGGCAGACUCGGUUUGCGCUCUCCAGGCAUUGAAGCACGGCGCAGCAGCAGCCAACAAUAUCCGAGGACGAAGUCUGAAAAUAGAACCCAUGCAGCAGUGGCGUCCCUUCCACAGCUGUCGCAUGCGAAUCACCGUGGGGGGACAAGAGGGAAGGUAUCAUUCGGCUGUGGCUGUGGCUGCGUACAAGGGGAACGCAUGGCAGUGCGAUGGGCAGGUGGCUCGGCUUCUCCGGUUAUAUAUACCUGUGGCGAGCUAUGGGUUGCUCCUGAGGAGAAAGAUAAAGACACUGCCAAUCAAGGCUACCCUCACCUGCCUACCAAGGGCCGUUAA